AAUAUACAGGCUACAGGAUUUUAUUGGAUCAUCAGUCAAUCCAGCAUGGUAUUUUUUUGGGGAAAAGCAGCUGGAGCAGGAAAAAUCACAGAAACUGUAUAUCUUUGCUCUGGUGCACGAGUCAAUCAUUAACAACAACGCGAUACAAUGAACUUCAACCUCCCAUAAUCCUUCUGGUUUAAACACUUCAUUGGGAUCAGACACAGAAAGAGCCUGUGAGAAAAACGGAUAAAGCGAGACAAGUAGAGAAAAGACAUGACUGAGGGAUCAUCACCAGUAAGAGUCGGAAUCGUGGGAUACGGACAUUUAGGUCAGUUUCUGGUGGAUCGUCUGCAGAAGGAAGGUCUUGAAUUUGGACUCAGUUUGGCUUUUGUUUGGAAUAGAAAUGCAGAUAAACUCAAUGGCUCGGUUCCUGAUGAUCUCAUACUGACUAAGCUCUCGGAGUUUACUGACAAAAAUGCUGACGUGAUAGUAGAGGUCUGUCAUCCACAGAUAGUGAAAGAUUUUGGAGCACGAUUCUUAUCACAUUCACACUUCCUGGUAGGCAGUCCCUCAGCUCUGUCAGACUCUCAGCUAAAUGAUGAGCUCCGACUGGCAGCAAAGCGGCAUGGACACACACUCUAUGUGCCCAGUGGUGCAUUAUGGGGCGGGCAGGACAUCCAGAGACUGAACGACAGUGGAUUAUUAAAGGCCGUCUCAAUCCGCAUGUCCAAACACCCCUCCUGUUUCCGGCUGGCUGGAAACCUGCUCUCUGAUUGGUCAGAAGGAGAAGGGAGGCGUGUGAUUUUUCAUGGCUCAGUAGCUGAACUCUGUCCCCUCGCCCCUAACAACGUGAACACCAUGGCGGCAGCUGCCAUCGCUGCGUCGACCCUGGGCUUCUGUGGGGUCACUGGAGAGAUCGUGUCAGAUACAGCUCUGGCUGAUUAUCACAUUGUGGAGGUGGAGGUGACAGGAUCAGACGGCUUCUCUGUGAAAACGGUGAGGCGUAACCCGGCCAAACUGGGAGCAGUUACAGGCAGCGCCACCUACAGUUCGUUCUGGAGCAGUUUACUGAUUUGCAGAGGGCAUGGAGGAAGAGUCCAUCUGUGCUGAAAGGGAAGAGGACUGCUGCAGAACACCACACAGGCAGAAAGAAAUGCACACACACAACACAGACACACAACACACAGAGACAGAAAUACAGAGAGACAGAAAAAAGGAAGGAAGGGAGAAAGGAAGGAAAGAAAGGCAGACGUGACACACACACAUGACACAUACAUACAGACAGCGAAACACUACACACACACAGACAAAGACAGACACACAUUCAGAAAAAAAACACAGAAGGAAAGAAAAACACACACAGACAGAAACACACACAACAUACAAAACAUACAGACAAAAGACACACACACGCGUGACACACAGAGAAACAGACAGACAGGUUAACCUGAAAACAUGAAAAUUCCAUUGAAAUAAAUGAACAUUUCUCCCAUUCAGUUUCUAUUCCCGUUAUGAAAACAGAGUCCAAGGACAAGAUGUCUGAGAAAUACAGAUUUAUUCUCACAGAGAGGUAACGCUACAGCAUCAGUGUGUUUAUAUGACCUGAAACUAUUGUCUCAAAAACAGAGAACCGUUUUUCUGCCUCCGCUGUGCCUCGACUAGCAUAAAACUGGGACAAGGCUAGACAUCAACAACGGAGUAAAAAAACAACAUUCA